GGCCCGCCAUACUUCUGGGGGCGGGGCGAGGAGCGGAAGUCCUACAGUGUCACCUCCGGGAGUCGCUGGCUGUGUCUCAUCAUUGGGGCCGCAGCAAGAUGGCGGACCUGUCUCUGGACGAGCUCAUACGGAAACGCGGUGUGACGGUGAAGGGAAGACUUAACACAAGGCCAGUGUUUGGGGGUGUAAGAUCUCGCAUUGGGAUCCAGCAAAAUCUUCUGAAUAGAUCAUCACCAGCUGUGAGCUUUCAGCGGACGUUUGAUGCCCGACAGAAGAUAGGACUCACUGAUGCCCGGCACAAACUGGGGGUUAAAGAUGCCCGAGAAAAACUGGUUCGAAAGGACGCUCGGUUCAAAAUCAAAGGAAAGGUGCAGGAUGCUCGAGAGAUGUUGAAUUCCCGUAAGCAGCAAAGUGUUGCUGUUGAAAAGGUGACCAAAGUGGUGGAUGCCAGAGAGAAGAUCAGCUUAAAAAGGAGCACUCCAGCUGCCAUCAGCCCAGCUAUGGGGACAGUAAAUCCAGCCAUGAAAAUCACCAAAACUAUCCAACAGAAGGCUCCAGUUCCUGGACAUUCUCAUCCAGCAGGAAUGAGGAUCAACGUGAUGAACAGUCAUACACAUAAACAGAGUCCGUAUGACACAGAAGACGAUGAUGAAAGCAUCUCUCCCCUUCCAAGCAAACAGAUGAAAAUCACCACCACAAACAGUUUCCUGCACAACUUGACUGGUCUGAGCAGCAAUAAAUUCUCUCUGUCCAAGACUGUUCCCCUGACUAAAGUGGUCCAGAACGAUUCAUACACAGCUCCACCUGCGUCUCCCCCUCCUAUGCGGACAAAGGCCUUGACAAACAUGUCCCGGACCUUAGUGACAAAGGAAGAGCCUCCAAAAGAGCCCGCACCUGUUGAGCUGGCAUUCAGUCCUUUGGAAGGCACAAAGAUGACCGUAAAUAAUCUGCAUCCUCGAGUCACAGAAGAAGAUAUUGUUGAAUUAUUCUGUGUGUGUGGCGCUCUAAAGCGAGCCCGGCUGCUGCACCCUGGAGUGGCUGAGGUAGUAUUUGUGAAGAAAGAAGAUGCUAUCACAGCAUAUAAGAAAUAUAACAACAGGUGCUUAGAUGGUCAACCAAUGAAAUGCAAUCUCCAUAUGAAUGGGAAUGUCAUCACAUCAGACCAGCCUAUAUUGCUCCGAUUGAGUGAUACCCCUUCAGUGAAAAAAGAAGGGGAACCACGUCGGUCAAGUGCAAGCGCCUCCUCAAAUUCCCCAGCUGAAGUGGACCCUGAAACUAUCUUGAAGGCUCUCUUCAAAUCCUCAGGGGUCUCUGCCUCUGUGCAGCCCACAGAAUUCAAAAUUAAACUCUGAGAGGGGGGAGCAAGCAGUGGACUGGAAAACUCAUAUAAGUUGGGGGGAAUGAGGAAAGUGCAGGAGUGCAGAUGUUAUUUGCAUUUGCCUGUCCUGAAAUUUUUUGUUUUCUAUGAUUGCUACCUUACUGUACAAUAGUGAUUUCUCUUGUGUGUACUUUCUGUUUUCAUAGUUGGAGUUUUCUUCCAUGAUUUUUUUCCCAAGAGAAUAACCUCCCCUUCUGCCAGUAAUGUAUUACCAAGCAUAUACCAUGUAAAUCCAUCCUUUACUCCAAAGCCCCCAGUGGCCAUUAAAAGUGCACGUAGACUUUGAGGGAAGGAGUGGUGAUCUCCUUCACUUUUCUUCUGACUGACCUUUAAUUAAAGACGCAUCCCCUUGAUUGUCCACAGGCAAGAGCACCACGUUGUUUCUGAAGUUGCUGUGCUGGAUACAAAGGCAGGUUGGGCUCUGUCCAGAAAGGACUUGUAUGCAUUUGGUGGCAUAACUCUUCCUUCUGGCUGUUGGACACUUUCCUGCUCAGCAGCUGGGACAUGGAGAAGAAGCAGGAAAAGCUGAGUUGCUUGCAGUGUGUGCCAACAGAGAGAUGAGGCAGAAAUGAUGUAUGCUCAAGUGCACCAGCCAUUGUGCUAUGGGCAGGGUUGUUUCAACUCUGGUAGUGCUGGAGGGUUGUUCUGGCAUUUGAAUGACAACUGUAUUUGUUCUGGAGGGUCAGGCUCAGCUGCUCUCCUCUUUUGGGAUUGAAAAAUUAGGAACCAGUUGUGUUCAGAGCUAGAAAAAGCUCAGCUGUGUGAUUUCCAUUAGACUGCAUUGCCUCCUGCUCAUGCAUGGACAUGAGUUUCUUUCUUGCCUUCUAACUCAGCCAGUCUCCUAUAAAAAGGAAGUACAUGGGACCCUUUUCAGAUCCUUAUACCCACAGUCUUGUGUCUGAGAACUCAUUUAUUUGAGAGAUGCUAUUUAGGCAUUGUUCGUGUGCUGUGCGGUUAUGCUGCUGGCAUGCCUGGAUUUGGAGGAUAAUUGCUGCAGUGUGUGGCUUCAGGCAGAGGUUUAGGAGCAGAGCAUGUCUUAGUACUGUCUAAGGAACACGGGAAAGGAGUGUCAAGUCCUGUGCGGGGCAGCGAGGACAUGGCGUGGGCCAGUGAGUGUGUAUGACAGGCCACUAAGUGGCACUUCCAGUACUUCCUAUUGUUUGUACUGCAUUGGCCCCUUGGAUGUUGAAAGCCCCAUUAGUUCCACUUGUUUGAGUUUGUUCAAAUUUUAUUGGAAGAGAUGAAAGCUGAGAGCAACUUCUAGAAUCUAGUUGGGGUUUGAACGUGACCCUGCUAGCUGGGGGACUGAUCUAACCCAUUCUGUUCAGCUCUGCUGAGUAGCUCUUGUAAGUCCAGAUUCCGUUUCUCGGACAACCCCAUGUUUCUUUUGCUUUCUUGUUCUGUAUGAACUCUUUCUUCUAUCUAGCUUGUGCAGACUCUUAUCUCACUGUAUCCCUUUUAGCCAUGGGAAUAAUAAGGACUUGGCAGGACUUGUUUUUGUGGAGUACUCUCUUUGAUUUGAAGGCCAGUGACAUGGCCAUGACAUAUCCAUGACAUGGCCAGUGACACUCUACCAUGAUUGGUAGAGUGCUUCAUGUGAACAGAUGUUUGUAGGGGAGGGGACCUAAGACAGCUAUUGUUCUCCUUUUUUUACAUUGCCCACCAAAUACCUGUGUUUUAAUUUAAAUAAAGGGGAGGGGGAGAAAACAUUAAGGGUUGGAGAAGAUAAUGUAUUACCUGUUUCUGAAUAAACAUUUGUUAUACAGAGAGUGGAUUCUAAGCCUUUUUAGAUGCUGUGAAGCAACUAAAGGUAAGUAGUGGUAUUCCAGUAUUGAGUCAAUCGUGCUUUCUAGGUGGACACAGAAAUUUCAAAACUGAUAAUGUGACGAAGAGCAAGAGGAGCUUAUGGGUGAGAGAACUGUUAACUGGUCCACCUUUUAAUCUGGAUCAUAGAAAUUAGCAGCUGACUCUUGCUACUAAAUUGAAGCCAUUUGUGUCCAUAUAAUUCCAGUUCUCUUUUUACAGAAAAAAGCAGCCUUUGUUACUGACAGCCUAGUCAUUUAAAAAGUAACUUUAUAGCAAAAGCAGCUCUGAAGUCAGGGUACCUGUUCUGGGUCAAGUGGGAUACUUUCAUUACCAGCUAGACAGAAGGCUGUGUAACUGUGAAAACAUGUAUUCUGAGUGCAUGUCUUGCCUCUUCUGAAAGAAUAAGCAGACUCAAGGAUUUUUUAAAUUAAUAGAUUGAAAAGCCAAAUAUCAAAAUGCAUUUUAAUUUACUGUUAAACUCUGCAUUAUGUUUAGGUUAUCUGAGAGUUUGUGAUGGCAUUGACAUACUUCCUUGGAAGAAGUACUUUCUGCUCUGUUCCACAGCUCUGUGAUCUAUGGCAGCAUAUUCAUACUUUCUACAUAUCAGUGAAUUAAGUGGUUGUCAAAACACCACUCCAUGGCUUAUCUUACAGCAAUGUCGUGGUGUACAUUGGUAUUCUGGUCUUGGUCAGCUCUUUAAUGCACCAUUGCAUGGCUUCUUCUGUUGGGCUCUGAAACAAGAGUAACUGUUUAUUCCCAGUCCUUAUCAGGUUAUUUACAGCCCUUUUCAGGUAGUUCACCUUGGCUCUCCAGUUUCUCCUGGACAUCUUGCAAUUGUCAUGCUAACCAUAAUUUCAAACCUACCACCUUCUGUCAACAUUUAUCCUCAUGCAACAUGGUUAUAGUUUUGUGUUGGGUUUUUUGUUUGUUGUUUUUUGGGUUUUUUUCCUUCCAGGCUGGUAGACAUUAUGAACUUGCAUAUGGAAUACUAAUUGCCUGCACUCUGAAUUAAUAUACAUUAAUUUAGACAUUAAAUGGCUGGCCAGGACAGAUGGUAGGUAAUCUGUAACAAUGUUUCUUUUGUUUGUUUUGGGUUUCUUUCUUUUAUUUCAAAAAUGUGAGGACUUCUGAAGUGAUGCCACAAUGUACAAGUUUGGUAUAUGUUCAUGGCUUUUGCGUGUACCUUCUGAUAAUGUUCAUUAACUUCAUAUUUGGUUGGAUCAACUCUCCAUAUCAUGUCAUAUUUCGUCACCUCCUAUGUUAGUCUUGCUUCAGUAUUUUUGAAAUGGUCCUGUCUUCCAUUAUAAAUUCGUCUGUAAAGGUUUUUUGAAGUUUUUUUUUAAAUUAAUGAGUAUUUAAAAACAAUUGCCUUUCACUGUU